AUGGACCUUGAUAGUAGUGUCGUUAUUCAAAACAUGGUGAUCCCUAAGCUCAAAGAUCUAGGAAGUUUCUCUAUCCCUUGUCAUAUAAGUACCAUGAACUUUGAUAGAUUUCUAUGUGAUUUAGGAGCUAGUGUUAGCCUAAUACCUUUGUCGGUGUGUAAGAAGUUGGAUAUAGAGGACAUGAAACCUACCAACGUGUCUUUGAAACUUGCCGAUAGAUCAUUCGAGUAUCCUAUAGUUUUGCUAGAAGAUGUCAUGGUGAGAGUGGGAGAGUGUUAUGUUUCGGUGGAAUUUGUGAUAAUGGACAUCAGUGAAUAUUUUCAAAUACCUAUAAUUUUAGGAAGGCCUUUCUUAGCUACGGCAGGGGCCAUCAUAGAUUUCAAGAGAGGGAAGUUGACCUUUGAUGUAGGUGAUGGGAAAAUUAAAUUCAUUUUAUAA